AUGGCGGCGGAUCUCACCCUGGAGUGGAUCUGCUCGCUGCCCCGCUCCUGGACGUACGGCAUCACGCGGGGCGGCCGAGUCUUCUUCAUCAACGAGGAGGCCAAGAGCACCACUUGGCUGCACCCCGUCACCGGCGAGGCCGUGGUCACCGGGCACCGGCGCCAGAGCGCAGAUUUGCCUACUGGCUGGGAAGAAGCAUAUACCUUUGAAGGUGCAAGAUACUAUAUAAACCACAAUGAAAGGAAAGUGACAUGCAAACACCCCGUCACGGGACAGCCAUCGCAGGACAACUGCAUCUUCGUCGUGAAUGAACAGGCUGUUGCAAACAUGACAUCUGAAGAAAAGAAGGAACGCGCUAUAAGUAUGAUGAAUGAAGCUUCCAACUAUAACAUGGCUUCGGAUUAUGCAGUGCAUCCAAUGAGUCCUGUGGGCAGAACUUCACGGGCUUCUAAAAAAGUUCAUAAUUUUGGAAAGCGAUCAAAUUCAAUUAAAAGGAAUCCAAAUGCUCCGGUGGUGAGAAGAGGUUGGCUGUACAAACAGGACAGCAGCGGCAUGAAGCUGUGGAAGAAACGCUGGUUCGUGCUCUCAGAUCUCUGCCUCUUCUAUUACAGAGAUGAAAAAGAAGAAGGUAUCUUGGGAAGCAUCCUGCUACCCAGUUUUCAGAUUGCUGUGCUUUCCUCCGAGGAUCACAUUAAUCGCAAAUACGCUUUUAAGGCAGCCCACCCAAACAUGCGGACCUAUUAUUUCUGCACUGACACAGGGAAGGAAAUGGAGCUGUGGAUGAAAGCCAUGCUCGACGCUGCCCUGGUGCAGACAGAACCUGUGAAAAGAAUUACCUUUAACUUCAGAGUGGACAAGGUUACAUCUGAAAAUGCAUCAACUAAGGAACUCAAUAAUAUUCCCAAUCACAGAGUACUUAUUAAACCAGAGGCUCAGAACAACCAGAAAAACAAGGAAAUGAGCAGAAAUGAAGAAAAAAAGGCUCUAGAGGCUGAAAAAUACGGAUUUCAGAAGGACGGUCAAGAUAGGCCCCUAACAAAAAUCAACAGUGUCAAGUUGAAUUCUCUGGUGUCUGAGUAUGGCAGCGGGGCCACAUGCCCAGCUCAGACGGGACCCUACAGGCCCGUCAAUGUGAACAGUUUUGAGAGCAAAACAGUCAAUGUUAGCUUGGCAGAUCUUCAAGCCGGAAACCAUCCAAAUUCAGGGCCGUUACACACAGAGGCAGAUCGCAUCCUACAGAGAACGAAUUCAAUGCAGCAGUUGGAGCAGUGGAUUAAAAUCCAGAAGGGCAGGGGUCACGAAGAAGAAACCAGGGGGGUCGUGUCCUACCAAACGCUGCCACGGAACAUGCCAAGCCGACGGGGCCCGCCGGCACCCCACUGCCCUGAAGGAUACCGCACUCUCCCCCGCAACAGCAAGACAAGGCCUGAGAGCAUCUGCGGUGCGGGGCCCUGCUCCCAUGACAAGCCGGAGGACAAGCGGCGUUCCCUGCGUGAUGACACCAUGUGGCAGCUGUACGAGUGGCAGCAGCGACAGUUCUACAACAAGCAGGGCACGCUCCCGCGGCAUGGCACCCUGACCAGUCCUGGCACCAUGGUGAACCUCGCCGACCAGCCCCUGCAUCCUGUCCCCACCUCGCCUUCCCAUGGCUCCCUGGCCACCUACCAGGCCUACUCCCCACAGCGCGCUUACAGGACCGAGGUAUCCUCCCCGCUGCAGAGAGGGGAUGUAACCGUGGACCGCAGGCACAGGGCCCAGCCCCCUAAGCAUGUCUAUAUGGCUGACAGAAGGUCGAUGCCAGCUGGCCUGACUCUUCAGUCAGUUAAUCCCCAGAGCCUGCAGAGCAAAACGCCAGAGGAGCUUACGCUGCUGCUCAUAAAGCUGAGACGACAGCAGGCGGAACUGAAUAGUGUCCGGGAGCAUACCUUAGCACAGCUCAUGCAGCUCAAACUUGAGGCCCACAGCCCAAAGAAUGAAAUUCUUUCACAUCAUCUUCAAAGGAACACCAUGUAUUUGGAUCAUCAGAUGAAAGAAAAUGAACCUAUUAUCACCAUGGUUCACACAAUGAUUGAGAACUCGGCGCUAAGACCCCAACUGUACCAGCAAUUCUUAAGACAGAAGAACCAGAUAAGUCUAUAUUGUUUGUCGCAAGAUGAAUGUAGAGGCACGCUGUACAAAUACAGACCCGAGGAAAUAGAUAUUGAUGCCAAGUUAAGCCGGUUGUGUGAACAAGAUAAAGUGGUACAUGCUCUGGAAGAAAAACUUCAGCAACUCCACAAGGAGAAAUACACGCUUGAGCAAGCUUUGCUAUCAGCUAGCCAAGAGAUAGAAAUGAAUGCAGAUAACCCCUCAGCCAUCCAGACAGUAGUCUUGCAGAGAGACGAUUUGCAAAACGGGCUGCUGAGCACGUGUCGAGAACUUUCUCGAGCUACUGCAGAGCUAGAACGAGCAUGGAGAGAAUAUGAUAAGUUGGAAUACGAUGUGACCAUCACCAGGAACCAGAUGCAAGAGCAACUCGACCGCCUUGGCGAAGUUCAGACUGAAUCGGCAGGAAUUCAUCGUGCACAGAUUCAAAAAGAACUUUGGAGAAUUCAAGAUGUCGUGGAAGGACUGAGUAAACAUAAACAGCAAAGAGGUAUUUCAGAACUAGGUAUGAUAGGAUCAAAGUCUUUCUCAACAGUUAAGUACAAAACUGAGGAAGAGGAAGUAGUCCCACCUCGUCCUCCACUUCCUCGCUCCUAUGACUUUACAGAGCAGCCUCCCAUAGUCCCCCCUCUGCCCAGUGAUAGCGGCUCCUUGCUCUGUUAUAGCAGGGGUCCAGUGCAUCUACCUGAGGAGAAGAAGACUCACCCAGUGCAAGGAUAUCCAAGAAAUGGAUCUCACUGUGGUCCAGAUUAUAGACUCUACAAGAGUGAGCCAGAGUUAACAACAGUGGCAGAAGUUGAUGAGUCUAAUGGAGAAGAAAAGUCAGAACCUGUUUCAGAAAUGGAAACGUCAGUUAAAGGUCCUCACUUUCCUGUUGGAGUUGUCCCUCCAAGAACCAAAUCGCCCACCCCCGAAUCUUCCACAAUAGCCUCAUACGUGACCUUACGGAAAACAAAGAAGAUGAUGGAUUCCAGAACGGAAAGACCUAGAAGUGCAGUGGAACAGCUUGGCUUGGCAGAAAGCACCCGACCUCGGAUGACAGUGGAAGAGCAAAUGGAGAGAAUUCGGAGGCACCAACAAGCCUGCCUGCGGGAGAAGAAGAAAGGGCUGAAUGUUAUCGGUGCUUUAGAGCAGUCACCCUCGCAGAGCCCUGUAGUGUCCAGGGAAAAUCCAUUCAGAAUUGCCCAGACGCGGAGGAGAGAAGACAGCAUUAAAGAACCAGAUGCUUUUACUGAAGAAAACGGCGGAAAGCCAAACCAUGAAACUCCUGCAGCGGAAACUGUUCGACUAAAAGAUGCUGAACCUGAAAAUACAGAUCUAAUUGAAGAGUUUAAAAAAACGGAAAACGUUUUCUGCGAAACGCUUUGCAAACCUGAGCCAAAUGGAAUCAAUUCUGAGGAAGUGGAGGAUAAAGAGAGAGUCAACGAAGUGCCUGAGGCUGUGUCAUGCAGCCCUCAAGAUGAGACACCGAUCACAAAUCAUAAAUUAGAAGAUCACCCAGAAGAAAUCACAAAGGAUGAUCUUCCUGAGCAGGAUGAAACUGUGAGUUCUUAUGAACUCACUGCCGAAGCUUCAAGAGGGAGCCAGAGCAUGGCAGUGAAAAGUCUGUCCCCACCUCCGGAGCCCUUGGGGACUCCUGGUCCAGCCCCUCAGCCGCAGCUCACAGAAGGGUCACACUUCAUGUGUGUGUAGCCUGCCAGAGGUAUGUAUCUCCAGCUUCCCCCACCACCACACCUCUGACCUCCAGUGCUGGCCUCCUCCUCUCUGUUGUUCUGCCCUGCCC